AGCUGUCACAGGUGAUCGCAUCCCUAUACCGGGGAGAGCCGCCGCUGACCAACAGCCUUGUGAUGACACCAGGAACAGAAAUUGGGGACCAGCUGACAUGAAGAAAUCUUCGAGUUAAUCAACAUUCCUUGGCACGUGGUAAAGAAACACCUUGCAAGAUGGGGAACAGCUUGCCUUCUGCAGCCACCAUUGUUCGGUUCUGCCAGAAACUGAACAGGGUGAAGACGCUGGAAGAUGACUUAAUGGAGACAUCGCUAAAAAGAUGCCUUUCAACUGUUGACCUCACCCUGUUAGGGGUGGGUGGCAUGGUGGGUUCUGGUCUUUAUGUACUUACUGGCACUGUAGCCAAGGAAAUAGCAGGCCCAGCCGUGGUCAUAUCAUUCCUUAUUGCCGGAAUUGCCUCUCUACUUGCAGCUCUGUGCUAUGCCGAAUUUGGUGCACGGGUGCCAAAAACUGGUUCUGCAUACAUGUUUACGUACGUUUCAGUUGGCGAACUUUGGGCAUUUCUGAUUGGCUGGAAUGUGAUCUUAGAAUAUAUGAUUGGUGGUGCAGCUGUAGCAAGAGCUUGGAGUGGCUAUCUGGACUCCAUAUUUGACCACAAAAUAAAAAACUUUACUGAAACUCACAUUGGAACUUGGAAUGUGAAGUUCUUGGCCCACUACCCUGAUUUCCUCGCUGCGGGAAUCUUGCUGUUUGCCACAGCAUUUAUAACAUUUGGGGUUAGAGUGUCGUCCUGGCUGAAUCACAUCUUUGCUGCCAUUAGUAUGGGAAUCAUAUUGUUCAUCCUUAUAUUUGGCUUCAUCCUUGCAGAACCAAAGAACUGGUCAGCUGAGCAUGGGGGCUUUGCUCCCUUUGGGUUUUCCGGCAUUAUGUCUGGCACUGCCACGUGUUUUUAUGCCUUUGUUGGGUUUGACGUCAUUGCAGCAUCAAGUGAAGAAGCACGGAAUCCUCAGAAAGCCAUUCCCAUUGCAACAGCUGUGUCUCUAGGCCUUGCUACAGGGGCUUACAUCCUGGUGUCCACUGUCCUGACUCUCAUGGUGCCUUGGAAUACAUUAAUACCGGACUCUGCCCUUUCUGAUGCUUUUUACAGGAGAGGCUAUUCCUGGGCAGGAUUUAUUGUAGCUGCUGGCUCUAUUUGUGCUAUGAAUACGGUUCUACUAAGUAACCUCUUCUCCCUACCAAGAAUUGUGUAUGCCAUGGCUGAAGAUGGACUUUUCUUUCAGGUCUUCUCCAAAGUAAACCCAACCACCAAAGUACCAGUCAUUGGAAUUGUGGUUUUCGGUAUCCUGAUGGCUAUCCUUGCCCUCAUUUUCGACUUGGAAGCCUUAGUGCAGUUUUUAUCCAUUGGCACAUUGCUAGCCUAUACUUUUGUUGCAGCCAGUAUCAUCGUAUUGCGAUUCCAGCAAGAGAAAAGUGAAACUUCAUCUGCAGGUGACCUAGAGCCAAGUCCUCAGCACCAAGAGCUUGGAAUCAAUGCAGAUAGGAUCAUUGGUGAAGAGAUGAAGGAAUACGAGUCUUUCUCUGAUAAGCUUCAGCUGGUUGAAAGUCAGAAAAAAGCCAAAGAGCGUAGAGAAACUGGACACUUGAAAGCUGCCUUUGAACCAUACCUUAGGUUCCUGAGUGACUUUUAUCCUGGAGAGGUGGUCACGAUUGCAGUUGUGGCACUGAUGGUCUCUGCCAUCUGCAUGUGUUGUAUUUUGGUUUUUGGAAGCAAUCAGUUACAUCUUCCCACAUGGAGUUUUUAUCUGCUGAUUGUGAUCUUUCUGAUUGGGUUCUUAAUCAGUCUGUUCUUAAUCUGGGUCCACGAGCAGCAAAAGAAAAUAAAUACGUUUCAGGUUCCAUUUGUACCACUAAUUCCAGCUCUGAGUAUCCUCUUAAACAUAUAUCUCAUGCUCAAGCUAAAUUACAUGACAUGGAUACGGUUCUCAGUAUGGCUUGUUGUUGGGCUCAUUGUUUACUUUGGCUAUGGCAUCUGGCACAGCAAAGAGAACUUGCGAGGACCGAAGAACCAUGGGGUCACUGCACGUUAUGUGGUGUUUCCUAACAGCAGCCUUGAAGAAACCGUGCAGCAGGUCCAGCCAAAUGUUCAGGACACCAUGGGAAGGGCAGAGAGCAUAGAUGAAGAAAUCCAGAAGAGAUGAUACUUCAAAUGUCUAUCCAGACCCUACAUGCUAGGAAGCCCUUCUGUUGUACAAUCUCCUUCUCUAGAAGGAAUUUACCAUUUGCACUGAAAAUCACAUCAAACAAAUCUUGGUAAACUUGUACAAGAACGCACAGAGAACUGUUUCUUCUACAGUUUGUAAUCGUUGGUCUGUAAAGAAGCUUCACAAGCUAAUUGCACAAGAAUUAUGUAUUGGUCAUAUCUUAAAUUAACAUAAAUAAUG